AUGGUACCAAAAUAUUUUUUUAUUGCUGUUUUUAUUGUAAUUGGCUCUACUUUAGUUGCUUCUCAGAAGUGUCCCAAAGAUAAUACCAAUUCUAGCAAUAGUUGUUCAAGAAGAGUGAGUGGUGGUGAAUUUGUUUGUAAUGGUCAACCAUGUGUUUAUUGCACGAACUGUAAAUGCUUGAGUUAUUGCUGGAAAAAUGAAGGUGAUUGGAGGCGCAAUUAUAAUUGUGUUUGCACAUCAUAA